UCUGUGACUAUUUGUCUGUGACCUUUGGUCUUGUGACUAUUUGUCUGACUUUUUGUUUGUGACAUUUUUUGUGUGACUUUUUGUCUGUAACUAUUUUAGCUUCAGAACAGUUCUGUAGCUAUGACUAUUUUUCUGUGACAUUUUGUGGGUGACUUUUUGUCUGUGAUGUUUUUGUCUGACUUAUUGUCUGUGAGUAUUUGUCCUGUGACUAUUUGUGACUUGUCUGUGAAUAUUUGUCCUGUGAUUUUUUGACUGUGACAUUUUGUCUGUGACUAUUUGUCCUGUGACUUUUUGUCUGUGACUAUUUGUCCUGUGACUUUUUGUCUGUGACUAUUUGUCCUGUGACUUUUUGUCUGUGACUAUUUGUCCUGUGACUUAUUGUCUGUGACUAUUUGUCCUGUGAGCAUUUGUCCUGUGAUUUUUUGUCUUCUGACUAUUUGUCUGACUUUUUGUCUGUGACAUUUUGUCUGUAACUAUUUUAGCUACAGAACAGUUCUGCAGCUAUGACUAUUUGUCUGUGUCAUUUUGUGGGUGACUAUUUGUCCUGUGACUUAUUGCCUGUGACGUUUUGUCUGUCUUAUUGUCUGUGAGUAUUUGUCCUGUGACUAUUUGUGACUUUGUCUGUGAAUAUUUGUCCUGUGACUUUUUGUCUGUGACUAUUUGUCCUGUGACUUUUUGUCUGUGACUAUUUGUCUGUGAUGUUUUGUCUGUGACUUUUGUCUAUGAUUAUUUAUCUGUGACAUUUUGUCAGUGACUUUUUGUCUGUGACUAUUUGUCCUGUGACUUUUUGUCUGUGACUAUUUGUCCUGUGACUUUUUGUCUGUGGCUAUUUGUUUUGUGACCUUUGUCUGUGACUAUUUGUCUGACUUUUUGUCUGUGAUUAUUUGUCUGACAUUUUGUCAGCGACUUUUUGUGUGUGACUUUUGUCUGUGCAGAUUAUUUGUCUGUGACAUUUUGUCUGUGACUUAUUGUCUGUGAUGCUUUAUCUGUGACUUUUUGUCUGUGACUAUUUGUCCUGUGACUUUUUGUCUGUGGCUAUUUGUUUUGUGACUUUUGUCUGUGACUAUUUGUCUGACUUUUUGUCUGUGAUUAUUUGUCUGACAUUUUGUCAGCGACUUUUUGUGUGUGACUUUUGUCUGUGCAGAUUAUUUGUCUGUGACAUUUUGUCUGUGACUUAUUGUCUGUGAUGCUUUGUCUGUGACUUUUUGUCUGUGACUUAUUGUCUGUGAUUAUUUGUCUGUGAUGCUUUGUCUGUGACUUUUGUCUAUGAUUAUUUGUCUGUGACAUUUUGUCAGUGACUUUUUGUCUGUGACUAUUUGUCCUGAGACGUUUUGUCUGUGACUAUUUGUCCUGUGACUUUUUGUCUGUGACUAUUUGUCCUGUGACUUUUUGUCUGUGACUAUUUGUCCUGUGACUAUUUGUCUGUCACGUUUUGUUCUGUGACGAUCUGUCCUACAUUCCUUAAAAAAAUCGGACUCUGUUCUACCGAGCGACAGUAGUAAAAUACCAAGAAAUAGAACUAAAAGCGAAAGGAGAUUUACCUGGGGGUUUCUGAAAGUCUCGACGUUUCUGAACCUGCACUUCAGGUUUCCAAUGACGCACGAAUGACUGGCACUCUCCAGAACUGGGAGGAAGGCUGUUUAUCAUAUAUCAAGGGAACACGUCAACUCUAUUUUUAGUAUAGAUCCUAACGUAAUGCAUGUUCUGUACAAUGUGUACAUACGACUGCAUUGAGAUAACGGGUCCCUGAUCACAAGAUUGAUAUACAGUAUAUAACGAAAGCAGCGCAAGAGAAAAGUGGUCCCAUUUUCUGAAUAUACACAGCUAUGGACAACAGAAAUAACAGACGUUCAAAUGCUAAUAGAGGAAGAGGGAAUCAGAGACGAGGUGGUGCGGAUCGGAGAAAUUAUAGGGAUCGAAAACAGAGUGAUGUGACGGAAAGAUUCCCGCAGAGACGUGCUACACAGAAGGAGACACCGAAGGAAAUGUUGCACGAGAAGACGAUAAGGCUACUUACUGAACCAGGUCCGUCAUACAAUCUCAUUGUUCAUAGGCCAUUUAAAGAGGAGAAAGAUUUUUUAGAAUAUUUGCAAGAGAGAGACUUACCAUCAACUCUCGAAUUUGACAUUGAAUCAUUUACACUGAGUUCUAAUGGACUAUCAGCUUCAGUUUAUAUUCAUUUCCCUUGUAACAAUGCCUACAGACAGUUUCAAUCAUGGAUGAGACAGAACAAAAAGCUAGGUUUUGUAUAUCGUUUCCAAAGAGGGGAGGCUGCGAAAGUAAGCAAGGAAUUUAUUGACAAAAAUCUCAAGAACAUUGAGGAAAAGAGCACCUAUAUUUUGGAGAUGCAUAGAGAAAAAAUUUCAAAUAUCAAACAGAAAUUGUCCGAUUUCUGCGGGAAAGAUGAACAUAAGAAAAGAUCUAAAUAUAUAUCAUUGACUGAAUAUGAGAGCAAGGAAAUGCAUAAGGGCUCACUUCAAGAUAAAAUUUCAGAACUAGAAGCUCAAGAAAUAGAGUUUGAAAACUCCGUUCAGCAAAUCAAAGACGGCAUUUUAAAGUUUGAGGGUUGUACUGUUCAACAAGAAGACAUUGAUGAACUUCUCAGAAGAUAUGAAAUAGAAUAUUCGCGACUGGAACAAGCUCUGCCUAUUUAUGCGCAGCGUACUCGAAUAGUCACUACCAUUUUAAAAAACCAGGUAUGUGUUCUUCUUGGCGAGACGGGAUCGGGAAAAAGUACACAAUUGACUCAGUAUUUGCUUCAGUCUAAACUGUCCUCCGAAGGUCGUAUUGUUUGCACACAACCAAGAAAAGUCGCAGCUGCUAGCCUUGCGCAACGAGUCUCAAGUGAAAUGAAGUCUAACGUGGCGGAUAUAGUUGGCUAUCAGUGUGGGAUUCAGAAGAAAGUUUCAGACCACACAAAAGUGGUGUAUAUGACUGACCACACACUCCUAAACGAAUGCUUAAAAGAUCCCUUUCUGAAUGAUUACUCCUGUAUCAUUAUUGAUGAGGCACACGAGCGAAGCAUAUACACUGAUCUGUUGCUUGGAAUGAUAAAGAAAUGUUUGCAUCGGCGAUCAGACAUUCGAGUCAUCGUGACAUCUGCAACAAUUGACCCGGACGUGUUCGUCCGAUAUUUCGAGGUCUGCCCAGUUCUCAAAGUAUCAGGUCGAAUGUAUCCUGUUGAUAUCGAAUGGGAGACUAUCGCCAGUGAUGAAAAGUUAGAGACUUAUGACAGGAAAGCAGUUGAAAAAACGUUAGAAAUUCAUGAGAAGGAAGACACUGGUGACAUUCUGUUGUUUCUCACAGGGCAAAUGGAAAUUGAAAAGUGCAUAGACAGCCUACGAUGGGAACUCGAAGGUAAAACGGAUCAUUGGAUAUUGCCACUACAUGGUAAACUUCAAACGGAAGAACAAAACAGAAUUUUCAAAGAAACACCACAAGGAAAAAGAAAAAUCGUAGUUUCCACUAAUUUGGCAGAAACAUCUGUUACAAUACCUGGGGUGAAGUACGUUAUUGAUACUGGGCUUACAAAAGAAAUGUUAUACGAUCCCGAGAAGAAAGUAAGCUCUUUAAGAGUAGUUAAAAUAACAAAAAGUUCUGCUGAGCAAAGAAAAGGAAGAGCAGGGAGAACGGCACCAGGAAAGUGCUUUCGAUUUUAUUCCAAAGAAGAUUAUGAUAAUAUGAAAGCAUCUUCUGUUCCAGAAAUUCGGAGAAUUCAUAUAGGUCAUGCCAUUUUGAAGAUAUUGCAACUGAAUCUGAAUCCCCUUGAAUUUGAUUUUGUAGAACCACCUCCCCAUAACUCGAUGGAGGCAGCUUUUCAGCAAUUAGUCAAACUUGGAGCAGUUGAAGAUGGAAGAAUUACAAAAUUAGGCAAAUGGAUAUCACAGCUUCCACUGGAACCAAAUUUGGGAGUCCUUGUUUAUGAUGCCAUUGAAAGGAAAGUUGGAUUAGAAGCUAUCAUCAUUGCCGCAUCUUGUGCUGUGAGUGGGAACUUGUUUUACAGGGCUGGUACAGAGGAACAGAAAGACACUUGUGACAAGCUCAAAAUUCCUUUCUGUCAUAGCAAGGGAGAUCAUUUCACAUUUUUGAGCGUCUUUCAAAAAUGGCAUAUUGUUCCGGAAAAGGAGAAAGGUCAGUGGUGUUUGGAUAAUUCCAUCAAUGGAAGGGCAAUGAGAAACAUUCGGGACACCGUAAACGAGAUCAGAUUCAUUUUGAAAAAAGAUAUGAACAUUUCUCUAAAAUUUGAAUUGCCAGAAGGAAGUCGCAAUGAAAGAGGUUUGCAAAAUCUUUUGCUCAAAGCUUUCCAGAGCAACCUUUGUUACUUUCUUGGACACGAAAAGGCUGGUUAUUAUUUUAUUGACAAAGAUCAACAUAGGAUUGUUCAUCCGUCUGCAUCCUUCCAGUCUCUUGCAAGGUAUCCAACAUGGGUUAUCGUUGAAAAAGUUUUGAACACCUCUCGGGAAUAUGCUGUAAAUAUCACAGAGGUUAAUGAAAAUGACGUACAAGAAGCCUUGAGACGGAAGGAGCUAGAGUUUGAUAUGACAAGAAUACAAAGAAAAAAAGUAGAGCCAAUUUAUACAGAAUAUGUAGGUCCAGAACUUCAUAGGCAGUUUGUUGGUCCCAAAUGGAAGAACGCUAAAGAUAUAGAAAAACAAUUGAAAAGCGAAAAUGCAGAUUCUGUGUUUGUAAUUGAUGCCGACAGGGACAAGGGCGAAAUUUCAAUAUAUGCACCAGAAGACAAGGACGAAUUGUCAAUCAAGGCAUUUAAAAUGGCUAUCGACCCGAAAAGGGAAAAUAUAAGGAAUGAAAAAGUAACCUUCUCAAUAUUCCCUAGAUGCUACAAUGUCAAGGUAUCUCUUGGGCCAGGCGGACUGGUUCAAGAUCUAUUAUGCGAAGAUGAUUAUAACUCUGUGUAUGUAUAUUGUACAGAGGAAUGUUAUCCUGAUGAAAAAUUAGAAGAAUGGCUGAAACGAUUCGGUGAUAUUAAAAAAUUUGUAAAGAAAUCACCCGCAAAUACCUCUUUAAGAUACCGUGGCGAAGCAGUGUUUGAAAGCUGCGAAUCUGCGAAAAGAGCAGUUUUAACACGUGACAAAUCUUCGAAUAUUUAUGUCAACCCCCCUGCUUGGAAGACUAAUGACAACGAUGCCUUUAAAGCAAAAAUAACAUGGUGUCGAAGAAAACCAAGGGAAUAUGGAUUUGUUCAGAUAAGAAAUCCAGAAACUUUGGCGACUAUACUUGAAAUUUGUACCUUAACCGAAAUAUCAGUCGGUGGACGUCUCGUAAAGAUUAGCCGUAGUGCGACAAAACCUGAUGAAUUAUACAUUCAAGGGCUUCAUUCCCUUGUUAACGAAGAUAUUUUGAGAGAAGGAAUUGUCGAUGCUUUCAAAAUCUCUGACAAUGACAUAGGAAAAACUUUCAUACCACGACAGAAAGUAUUCACAACGAAAGAAAUUUCCGAUUCGCAUAGACGAAGACUUGAACGGCAAAUUGGACAGCAUGUGGAUAUGAAGAAGUUCAAAGUUUUCCUCAAAGAACCUGGUGAACAAGACUACGAUUUUACAGGUUAUAUUACAUUUACUGACCCGGAAAAGGGUUUCGAAGCCUGUGAAAAACUGCACAAAACUAUUAGUAUCAAUGACAGUGUUGUUUCUAUAAUUCCGGAGAUUCACACACGUCUGUAUGUUUUGGAGCGCGUAUUCAAACGGGUUGAAAAAGGUAUAAAAGCUUUUAGUAGCAAAGCAAAGAAAGAAGAUGGAGUGUUUAUUGAUAUCAAACAGAAUGCAGCAGGUAAUUACAUUCUUAGAAUAGAAGCGGGAAGUUUAGACAGAAUGGUCCAAACAAGAGACACUAUACUAGAUCUCCUGCAAGGUCAAGAUCUUAAUAUGGAAAAGAUCCCUUCGUUGAGGUCCUUGUUUACAUAUGAUGGAAGGAGUAAGAUUGAAAAGAUCAUGGAAAAAACCCACACUCUUAUCAUUUUGAAUGAUAGAAACACGACUAUUUCCAUUCAUGGCAGAGAAAGUGACCGGUCAUUGGCGAUUACGAAAAUAGAGAAAUACAUCAAGAAGUUGGAUUCUUUAAAGCUGCGAGUAAUUGACCUAAAGAGCGAUACCACGCCUCCUGGGCUGAUGAAAAGUAUUAUUCAGAUGCAUGGCAUAGAGUUAAAGGGAUUGAAAGAUUUAUCCAAACUAUCAAGCAUAGAACUCGAUCAUAGAAAGCACAGAAUAAAAAUAUUGGGAUCAGAGGGAGCAAUGCAGCUAGCAUUAAAAGAUAUUGAGGAAAUAACGAAAACUUUACUUUCAAGUAGUCAAGACAAAGACCGAUCAUCUGAUCCAGAGUGCGGAAUUUGUCUCAGUGGAGUACCUGAAACCGAAUUAUACCGGCUGGAAUCGUGUGGUGAUCCAUAUUGUAGAGACUGUGUAAAAUUGCAUUUAAAUUCUGUGAUUAGCUCGAGGGAAUUUCCUCUACGUUGCUGUCGUGAUGGCUGCGAUAUGCUUUGGUCUUGGAGCGAUGUAAACAAUAUGAAGAAGUUUGGAUUCUGCACUCUACAGACUGUGAUAAAUGCAUCGAUUUCAUGUUACGUAGCACAGAACCCAGAUAAAGCAAGGUACUGUAUAACUCCUGAUUGUCAAAUGGUAUACAAGGUGAGUCAAACGGGAGGUAGAUUUGUCUGCUCCCUUUGUCAUACAGCGUUAUGCACCAAAUGCCAUGUUGAAUACCACGCAGGUUCCUCCUGUGCAAUUUAUGAGAAAGAAAGGCAAAUCAACGAAAAUGGACUUCGAGAAUGGAUUUCUGGAGAUCGAUUAAACAGGGAUCUUUGUCCAAAAUGUUACAUAGGAAUAGAGCGGUAUGGCGGAUGUCAGCAUAUGCAAUGUUCCCAAUGCAAUUGUCAUAUUUGCUGGAUAUGCAAAGCUUAUUUUGCGACAAGUACUGAAUGUUACCGCCACAUGUAUGAAAGCCAUAACACUUAUGUGUAGACUCAAGAAUCGGUUGCUGUUCAUGUAUUGUAGUGCUGAUUUACUUGUUACAUUUUCCCUCUCAGCAAAAGAGGUAUUGAACUCUUAAGUCUGACAAUGAGUGUUAUAAUUCUAACAAUUUUAUGCUUGAUCAGGUGAUGUUUACGCGCUGUAAUAUAGUGAUGGUUAUGCAUUACAAAUUAAUUAAUACUAUUGAUUUCAAACCUUCUAUAUCAUAUUCUAUGUAAUCGUACAAAUCAUGACGUUAAGAGUGUGUGCAUACAUACAUGCAUAUAUAUAUAUAGGGGGCGUUGACGCGCUUCCUAACCCCCCUUCCAGUUUGUUCCUUCGGGUUUUAUGAAAUUUGAUCACGUGACGAACCCGUAUUUACAUGUAUAUCCCGAUGAAUAUUUUAAAAUGAUAUUUAAGGUCAUGUAGUAAAAUUUCUACUGCAUAUACCAGACAGCAUGGAAUUUCAUAACCUUGAAAAAGCGUUCACUUAGUCUACAAUUGGUUUCACGAAAAAUAAAGUAGUUGUGAAUUGUGAAAUACAAAGGGUUUACUAUAUUUUCUUGUGUAUAAUCUUUUUUAUUUGUUUUUUAAAUAUAAAAUUCAAGUUUUUUAAACCAAAGAUUGUUGAUGAUUGCUCCUGGGUGCAUUAGUCAAUGAUUCUUUGUUUUAUGUUUGGUAAAAGGUGUUGAAUUGAAUCUUUAUAUUUUGUAAUGUUUGAAAAUCCCAGAUUAUCUAGAAUAGAAAAUAUUUUUCUGGUCCAAGCGUUGUAAUCACUUGAGGAUUGGUAAAGUUUAAAAGCCAAAGAAUCAGACGUUAUCAGAUGAUUCCAAUAUUAAUACUUGAGAAUGAAAUUUUGGACCAAAGUGGUAGUCAUUAAGUUCUGCUAGACAACCAGCAUUGGAUGUUUUACAGUGCACUCCAAGGAUAUCUUUUAAUUAAUAAAUUUUAAGUGAAAAUUUUCUAGAUUUGAAAUAUCUUUGGAUGAGAGAUCCACUCCCAUAUUUCACUACAAUAAAGAAGAACUGGAAGUACAAUAGCAUCAAAAAGUUUUUUCUCAACGUUUACAUGAAUUAUCAAUACCAAUAAUUCUUUUCAUUUUAAAACAUGUUUUUCUGGCUUUUUCAAUAGGCACAGUUGUUGCUAAGUUAAACCUCUCAUCAAUUUUCAUCAUAAUUUUAGAUUAAAUCUACAUUGACUUGCAGUUUCCAGUUUGAACAAUAGUUACUGAAAAUAUCAAGGCUGUUCUGUAAACCACUUUUGUUUCCAGAAAAGAUUACAAUAUCAUUAUCAUACAUGUAUAACAGACAAUUUACAUGAACAUUGUCUAUUUGUACAGGAUCACAUUUUCCAUUUUUCAAGUCAUUGACAAUACCAUAAAUAAAUACAUUGAAGAGUAUGGGGCUUAAGACAUCCCCUUGUUUGACACCACAUUCAGAAAUGAAUAUAUCACUUAAACCAUCAGGAAAUUUGAUUCUACUCAUUGUGUUACUAUACAUGGAAAAUAGAAUAUAAAACAAUUUUUGGGAAAUAUUAGAUUGAAGGAGUUUAUAAAAUAAACCUAAUCUCCAUACAGUGUCAAAUGCUUUUCUAAGAUCAAUAAAAGCCGCAUAUACUUUUU